AUGCACCAUUCAGGAUUGGAGCCGCGGGACGGAAGCGCGGAAGAGGAGCCGGAAGAUCGACUGGACGAUGAGACGGACGCGCGUCAGCUGGAACGAAGGGUGAGCGAGAGGCGGCGAGCCCGCUCCCUGCCCGCCUGGCCGGCCUCUCCGCACAAGCGGGUCCGGUUCGCAGACUCCCUGGGCCUGAGUCUGGCCAGCGUCAAGCACUUCAGCGUGCUGGAGGAGCCCCGGGUGCCCGUCCGGGCCCUCUCCGGACACCCGGCGGCCCGCUUCACCGAGCCGGGCGACCCGGACUCGCGGGUCCGCCGGCUGCGCGUCUGCCUGGAGAGCGUGACCGUCACGCGCUUUGACGUGCGGGGCCUGGUGCGCGUGCUCAGCGGAUGCGGGCGCCCGGACGUGGGCGUGCGCUACACCUUUGACGACUGGCUCUCUCACGUGGACGCGCGGGCCCUGCCGCUAGACGGCGACCGCUACGAAUUUACCAUCUACACGCCUCCGGUCACGGAGGCGGGGGCGGCGGUGCGCCUCGCCGUCUACCUGCGCUCGGACGAGGGCGAAUUUUGGGACAACAACGACGGGCAAAAUUUUACGCUGAGCGUCCGCUGCGAACACUUUGCCGCCACCGCCUGA